GGAUAUAUAAAUAGCUUUGUGGUCACACUAUUUUAAAACGCGUUGUGUGUCUAUUCAUGCAAAAACAACACACGGAGUUUCAUUCGAGCGAAAGAAAUUGGCAAAAUUUCAGUACUAUCUUAAUCAGUUCGAUCAAGAUUUCGUAAUUUUAUGUGAAUUCUGAAAGGCAUGUAUAAAAUAAAAGUGAGAAAUCCAACUAAUCGAAGCGUAGUUUUUUAAAUCUUAAAACCUUCAAAAUUGAAUUGGUUAGUUAUGCUCUCAUGAGACUGCACAUGUAUUUGCAUCAUUACAAAAAAGAACUUAUAAAUCGCCGCAAGAGGAAUAAAACACCAACUUCCACGUAAAAGUAUCAUUGGAAUUAAAUAAAAUUGCGUUUGAUUACAAUAAUGAAGUUCCAGUGGAAUUUGAUUCGGGAUUAGUCGGGAAUGCUACAAUUGAAGCAGAGGAUUACUUGCAGUAUUUAAAUACGAUGCGUGAAGCUCUUUUUUCCCAGGAUGGCUGGGGUUGCCAGCACGUCAACCAGGAUACAAACUGGGAGGUCCCUAGCUCUCCAGAGCCAGCUAACAAAGAUGCAGCAGGACCACCUUUGUGGAAACCAAACAUUAACAAUGGCACUGAUCUUUGGGAAUCUAAUUUAAGAAACGGUGGUCAACCUACAGCUCAACAAGUUCCAAAACCGUCUUGGGGUCAUACCCCAUCCUCUAAUCUAGGCGGCACGUGGGGAGAAGAUGAUGAUAAUACAGACGCGAGUAGUGUAUGGGUUGGCGGAUCAGUCAGCAAUUCUGGAGCAGCAGUGGGAGUAAACCAAAGCGGAGUAAAUGUUGGCCCGGGAGGAGUCGUUGCAUCAACAGGACCCCAGUGGUCACAAGGAGUUGUGGGACUUGGAUCUUCAGGUACAAGUGGAGCCAACAUUACCGGAGCAACUAGUGUCACUGCUGCUGGUGGAAGCAAUACCAAUAAUACUGGAAAUGGGUGGGGUGAUCCUCGGGAUAUUCGCCCUUUGACUGCAGGCGGAGCUAGUUCAAUUGACAUACGCAAUGUUGAUCAUCGGGGAGGCAAUGGCUCUACCGCUAGCGAUCCUCGUGACAUUCGAAUGAUCGAUCCUCGAGAUCCUAUUCGCGGCGAUCCCCGCGGUAUUUCUGGACGUCUAAAUGGAACCUCAGAAAUGUGGGGCCAUCACCCGCAAAUGACACACAAUCAAAUGCAAAAUAUGAACAAAUUAGUUGGUCAAAGUGUAACAUCUGCGGGAACCGGUGUUGGAGGUUCAACAGGUCCUGGGAUUCCUGGAGGUCCUGGCCCUAAUUCCGUUCCCGUUUCUACCAAUAUCGCAACGCAAUGGGGACCUGCUCAAGCGGUAGGGUCUAAAGACAUAUCUAAACAGAUAAGUGGAUGGGAGGAGCCAUCUCCCCCGCCGCAGCGCCGAAGCAUACCAAAUUAUGAUGACGGAACUUCAUUAUGGGGACAGCAGCCUCGUGUCCCUUCUGCCAGCGGUCAUUGGAAGGAUAUAAAUGACUCAAUCAAUCGCGGCGGCCAUUUAAUGCGAGGGCAAAACCAGUCGGUUGGCAUCGGUAUUACAGGGGUUGGCAAUAGUAAUGUCCCAGUGGGUGCCAAUCCCAAUAACCCAAACAUAAAUAGUGUUAUUGGGCCCCAAGCACGCUUAGCAUCGGUGGGAGGCGUACAACACAAGCCUGAUGGCAGUACCAUGUGGGUACACUCAAACAAUGUUAGUGGUAGAAAUCCGGUGACUGGAGUAACAUCUUGGGGAGAGGACAGCCACAAUGUUAGCGUCGGAGCUCCUACCGCAGGUGCCGUCCCAGUAAGUAAUUGGGUUGACGAAAAAUCCAACACGUCACUGGUACAGAAUUCUUGGACUGACGCUGGCUCGGUUGGAGUAAGUUGGGGUGGUAAGCAAACCAAAUCUAAUAACACAUCGGCAGGAUGGAGUACAACGGCAGGUGUGGGUGUAGUUGAUAGCGGAGACAUAAGCUCUGACUGGAACACACAUAGCGGUAUUGUUGGAAAAUCUCAGCAGCAGCCAAAGCUGGCAGGUAUGAAUGUGGGAAUGGUGCUUAAUGCGGAUAUGAUAAAGCAGAGCAAGCAGUAUAGAAUUCUGAUCGAGAAUGGUUAUAAAAAAGAGGAUGUAGAGCGAGCAUUACUGAGUGCAAAUAUGAAUAUUGAAGAAGCUGCUGAUAUUUUGCGUACAAAUUCCACAAUGACAAUGGACGGAUGGCGUCGGCACGAUGAGACUAUUGGUUCCUAUUCGGAUCACUCAAGCUCAACAAGCAGCGGAGUAUUUCCAGGCCGAUAUCCAGUCGGCAGUUCACAACCCUCAAUGUCGUUUCCCCCUAAUAACCUUAUGAAUACCGGAGGCGGAAAUAAUAAUCCAAACAUGACUGCUUUGCAAGUACAAAAGUACUUAAAUCAAGGUCCACAUGGCGUUGCUGUUGGACCCCAACCGGUGGGAAAUGCAUCCGCUCUAUCUGUAGGAUUUGGACAAAACGCUUCAAACACAGCAGUUGCAGCAGCCACGUCAGUAAAUAUUGCCUCUAAUUCAAACAAUCAACCAUCGGGCCAACAAAUAAGAAUGCUUGGUCAGCAAAUUCAGUUGGCUAUCCAUAGUGGUUUUAUAUCAAGUCAAAUAUUAACACAACCUUUAACACAAGCUACUCUUAAUCUAUUAAAUCAACUUCUUAGCAAUAUAAAGCACCUUCAAGCAGCUCAACAGUCCCUUGCUAGAGGGGGAAAUGCAAAUCCUAUGGCAGUAAAUGUAGCAAUAGCUAAAUACAAACAACAAAUUCAGAACCUACAAAACCAAAUAAAUGCACAACAAUCUGUAUAUGUCAAACAACAAAAUGUACCACCAACUUCGCAGCAACAGCAAGCACAAGCACAGCAACAUCAAACACACCUUAAUAACUCUGCCAACGACUAUCUAAGAGGUCACGAUCCAAUUAAUAACCUACAAAACAAUUUUCCUGAGCUUAAUUUAAAUAAGCAGGGAGGAUUUCAAGGGACGUCCAAUCAGCAAUCUCGGUUAAAUCAGUGGAAGCUUCCAGUAUUAGACAAGGAUAUAAAUGCUGAAAGUUCGGAAUUUUCACGAGCUCCAGGGGCUACUAAACAAAAUAUUACUAGCAAUGCCGGCAAUAUAGGUUCCUUGGGCCUUCAAAACGAUGGUACAUGGUCAACCGGUCGAAGCAUUGGAGAUGGUUGGCCGGAUGCCUCAUCUGAUAAUGAGAAUAAAGACUGGUCAGUUGCCCCACAGAGUACAGCAUCAAGUGUUUACACUGACUUGGUGCAAGAGUUUGAGCCAGGCAAACCAUGGAAGGGUUCUCAGAUUAAAAGCAUAGAAGACGAUCCCAGCAUUACUCCUGGAAGUGUUGCUAGAUCCCCCUUGUCCAUUAAUUCGGCGCCUAAGGAAGCUGACAUAUUUAAUAGUACUGGAAAAAAUUCGCCGACUGAUCUACCGCCUUUAAGUUUAUCUUCAUCUACUUGGAGUUUUAAUCCUAACCAAAAUUUUCCGAGUUGGUCUGAUACAAAUUCGCAAUCUGGCAGUACUUCUGAGUUGUGGACAAGCCCUUUAAACAAGUCGUCAUCUCGUGGACCUCCACCAGGCCUAACUGCCUCUUCAAAUAAAUCGGGAAAUGGUGGUAGUACUACUUCAACAUCGACAGCAAUAUCUGGCGGUGCUAAUGGAUGGUUACAAACACGAGGUGGGAGUGUUCAAGCCACAAGUACAACUUGGAGUGGAGGUAAUGCACCAUGGAGCUCUAGUUGGUUACUUUUAAAAAAUCUUACUGCCCAGAUUGACGGUUCUACAUUACGUACAUUGUGUAUGCAACAUGGUCCUCUUGUGAGCUUUCAUCUAUACUUAAGCCAAGGGAUUGCCUUAUGUAAAUAUGCCACUCGAGAGGAGGCAAACAAAGCGCAAAUGGCAUUAAAUAACUGUGUUCUUGCCAAUACUACAAUAUUCGCUGAAUCUCCUAAUGAAAAUGAAGUACAGAACAUUAUGCAACAUUUGCCGCAACAGCCACCCUUAGCCACCACCAGCACAAGUACCACUGGUACUGUCGUAACGUCAUCCAACAGUUCAAGCAGUUCCGUACCCAGCAGCUUAUCUGGAAACAGUAGCAAUGGAAAUAGCAACGGAAACAGCGGGGGCUGCAUUGGCAAUAGCAGUGUUAGUGGAAGUAGUGUGGGUAUUAGCAAUUCCAAUGCUAAUGUAGUAAGCUCAAAUCUUGUAAAUGCCAGUGGUUGCUCUGUUUCAAAUCCUACCGGUGGACCUUCUACUUCUGUAACCGUUGUCUCGGUUUGCGCCAGUACCAUGAGCAAUGCCUCAAAUGGAACGGGUUCCACCAGCAGUGGUGGUCCCAAGAAUAGUGCAAACAAUGUUUCUUUAUCUGCUAGUCAGGCUAGUGGUUCCAACAGUGGUUCAAACAGCUCAACAUGGCGUCAAACAAGCCAAAACCAACCACUUCAAAGUCAGAGCAGGCCAACGGGUAGAGAAGCUGAUUAUGAUUAUAUAUCUCAAUUUGUUUGUUCCAUUGUUGAUGAUUAAUGAAUAGCGACCAAUUCCAUUGGUGAUUGACCAUCGACUACCGCAUUCUGUGACUCAAGACACUCACCCAAAACCUUCAAAUAAUUGAUACUAAGUAUAUGUAUGGAAAGCAAGACCAUGUGAAAAAUAUAAAAGUGGAUCGACUGAUAGACGAAUGGACUUAGAUUUUUGUAUGCCCGUAGAUUUAUUUUUCUUCGUCGUUCAUAGAGCUAAACUUGUAUCAGUAAGUUAAAAUUUAAUCAUGAAAAACAAAAAUAUGCUUAUGUAUAUGUUGUCAAAAUAAUAGAACUUUUGAAUUGUUUGCUGGCUAAAAAAAAUAUGUUGUCCUAUUUGAGAAAAAGAGUAUUGACUUUAAAGUCCAUUACUUAUUUUUGGGGAAUAAAUCGUAAUUGCAUACAUUCAAAACGUGUGAGACUUAAUAAAUAAAAUAAAUAUAACUAAAUGAACGCAAAUGUACAUUAUAUUAGUCCUUAUCGUCAAAGUUUGACAUAAGGAUAAAUAAAGUAUGUUAGAUUUGCA